AUGGAUUUACCAUUUGUGGUUUCCGCUCCAGGUAAAGUAAUCAUAUUUGGUGAGCAUGCUGCUGUCUAUAACAAGCCUGCAAUCGCAGCUGCCUUGUCUUUGAGAACUUACUUGUUGGUGACACCCAACGAAGAUUCUGAGCUCAUUCGUCUGGAAUUCCCAGAUAUUCAUUUCAACAAGUCAUGGAGAAAGGAUCAUUUCCCUUGGGACCAGAAACCAAAUUAUAAUGGAAAACCUUCCCUUUCCCAGGAGUUGGAACCUGAAUUGGUUGAUGCAUUGAGUUUGUUUCUUGCUGAUAUAACUUCUCCUUUUCAUUACUCUUCAGCUUACACCUUUUUAUACUUGUACAUUUCUUUGGUGUCUAAAACUGUUCCUGGAGCUACUUUUUCGGUGCGGUCGACUCUUCCGAUUGGUGCUGGAUUAGGAUCCUCUGCAUCUAUUUCAGUCUGCCUUGCCACAGCAUUUGCAUUAUUAGACGGCCAUAUCUCCAAGCCAACCAUUGGAAGAGACGAGCGUACUCUUUCUGAGUCAGCAGACUGCCAAUUCAUUGAAGCUUGGUCUUUUCAAGGUGAAAAGUGUCUUCACGGAAACCCAUCUGGUAUCGAUAAUGCAGUAGCUACCCAUGGAGGUGCAGUUAUGUUUCAAAGAAAAGAGGGAUCAAUGCCAAGUGUGCGAACUAGUAUGAGAAACUUUCCUUCUUUACGCCUGUUACUUACCAAUACGAAAACAGCUAGAAGGACCGCAACAUUGGUAGCAAACGUUUCUACACUUGUAACCGAGUUUGCCAAAACAUCUGAGUUUAUUUUAAAUGCAAUCGACAGCUUGACCCGUGAAGCCUAUAUCUUAAUGACAAAACCAGUUCUGGAUGCUGAGGCUCGUAGAAGAUUGAGAGAGCUGAUAAGAAUCAACCAUGGACUACUGAUCUCUUUGGGAGUUUCACAUCCCUCCCUAGAAAAGAUUAGAAUGACCGCUGACCUACUAGCUUUAGGCGAAACUAAAUUGACUGGAGCAGGAGGAGGAGGAUGUGCCAUAACACUGUUGAAAGAGUCCGUUGAAGAAUCCAAAGUGCUUGAGCUUGUCGAAGAAUUAGAGAAUGAAGGAUUUGAGACUUUUGAAACAACUCUUGGUGGUAAAGGAGUUGGAGCCACCUUCAACCCAACUCUUGAUCCUAGCGAGUUCAUCAAGAUGGAUAGAAUUCAAAUUGAACACAAUGUCUGGAGCUCAGACUGGAAGUUUUGGUGA